CAUAUCCAUAUAUUUGAUAGACCGAUUUGUGAAAAGUGAAAACCAUCUCCUAGAUCUCAUCAGUCUUAUAGCACCCAUUUGAGCUGCAUGCAUUAAUAAUGGAGACUGCAUGUGGGGAGAUCGGCAAUGAGAGUUCUCCAAAACCUCAUGUGGGUUUCCUCGCAAGUCCAAGAAUGGGUCAUAUCACUCCCCUCUUCGAGCUCGCCCUCCGUCUUCUCACUCAACAUAACUUUCAGAUUGAUUGUUCGAAGGAGGAGGAAGGGUGCUGCUUUUGCUAAACCAGAGAAUGCCUGUCAACACCUAGGGUUCUUUUCCCUAGCCGCCAUAGCUAGGUUUUAUGAAGCUUUUUCUGUAAAACACGAUCUAGUUCGCAACCAAGGUCGGAGCUAUUUUAGCAAGGUCGAUCACCUGUUCCAAUUUCCCAUUGGCGUUGUGUUAAUGAAAAAGAUGUGUUGCUUGGAACCAAAAUUAUUUUGGUUUCUAUUUUGGGAUUUGAUUCCCUCCGUGGGGGCAGAUGGUGACGGUGGGGUGGCGUCCAACCCGAGCUUCAAAUGCAAUUACGCAAACUGCAGCUCUAUAGCACUGAUCCUAUGAUUCCGAUUAACAAUGAAGAACUUGAGGAAAGCGAUUUGUAUGUGUUUUAUUUAUUGAUUCUAAUUAACUGCAAUCAUAGGAUGAUGAUUUCGAUGGUGAUUUUCCUGGAACCGACCACGCAAGAAGCGCAUGGUAUGAUCAGUUACCAGAGUUACAGCCAGUUGCGUUUUAUUUAUUGAUUUAUUAUCAUGUAAAUUUUCUUUCGUUUUAUGUUCAAUUUCUGUAACGUCAUUGCAGGAACUAUGUAAUGUCCAUAAAAAUACCAAUCAAUUUAAACUUUUUAAAAACAAC